AUGGCCGCGACCUCCAACCCCCAAAUUUCCUCAGCAUCUAACGAGAACGACAUCUGCCAACAGGUAGCCCCAUCUUCUUGCGCGGAAGCGCAUGACUCGGGUGUUAAUUUGCCCAGUCAGCACACCCUGGAUAAAACGCCGGAGGCCAACUCUAUUGACCUAGCUGUCGAUGACCUAGGAAGAGGCGUGCAAGAUAUCGGGAUUACCCUAAACAAGCACCGCGCAGGCUCGGGCUCUUUCCUUGGUGGUCAGGAAAAUGGGUUGCUCAAGCGAGAGAACUCUUUUGAUGAUGAUCGUACUCAUCUUUCUACAUCAUCCACGAAAAUGACCAGUUUCGACUCGAAGAGUCUUGCUUCAGUGACUACUUUUGCAAUGGAUGAAAAAGACUCUGUGCGCCCUGAUGACAGUGCUAGCGUUCAGGCUAUUGACGAAGAGGAUGCACUUUCUGGUCCUGCCUCUGGCGCUCCCAAUUCGGUGGCAGGCUCUGAAGCUGACAGCCGCGCGUAUCGGGACCACUUCCGAGAUGGCAUCCCUCUACGACCACGCGGGAUUCUUCCCGUUUCUGGUCCUCUGUUCAAUGACACUCAGUCUGGCAACGGCGCAAUACCCCCGGAUUCAGUCGCAAACAACUUUGUGAUCCCUGCCAACCCUGACAGCAUUCAGGACGGUCAAAAUCUACAUGGAUUCCCUCUUGAUCCAGACGAGAAGCUUUUGGAGGCAAUGAAAUCACCAAAAGACCGUCUUUUGAUCCUUCAGCUGGAGGAGAAGAUUCGUCAUUUCAUCAAGGAUUCUAGCGAGCAAUCCUUGGAGCUGCCUCCAUCAAACGCAUUUGGGCGACUUCUUGCACACAAGCUAGGGGAUUACUAUCAUUUGACACAUUUUGUCGACAACAAUGUUACUUCGGUCAGGCUGCACCGAACGCCGUUCUGCCGACUACCCACGCCUUUGGCCAUGGUGCAUGCUUCCACCCACACCACGCCUCCUACAACUGUCCCGGCAAUGAAGAUUAUGCGCCGGAAUGACGGCGAUCGAACCGAUGGAAGUAUCGGAGGCUCUUCAGCUCCGUCGAAGGCGACUUCGGAGGCUGGUGAUAGUGGUCAAGAUGGAGAACGAAAUGGGUCUUCAUCUGGCGCUACUCCCGCCAAAGAUCGAAUGAAUCUCACAAGAGAGGAACGGGAAGCGAAAUACCACGAAGCGCGUGAGCGCAUUUUCCGGGACUUCCCAGAUAGCGCCAAAUCGGACACAGCUAGUGGCGAAUCAAAUCCCAACAUGUCGCGCUCCAGCUCCGUGAAUGGUCGCAAAAAGAACCAGAAACAGAGGCCUCCUCAUGAUGACAGUUUCGAGGUUCGCUCCCAGUUCAACGCCUACUAUCCAGGCAUGCAAUAUGCAAACGGUUCCGCUCCAUACAACGUUGCCGUGAACGACAAUUCAUACUCGAACCAAGUACCCUACUUGGUUGGGCCCGGUGUACCCCCACCCCCACCCUCAGGUGGUUAUUUGCCAUCUAGUCAGAGUGGUGCGAUGUAUCCAGGACAGAUGCAGGGACAGAUUCCCAACCAGAUGCCAGGCCAGAUGCCAGGCCAGAUGCCAGGCCAGAUGCAAGGUCAAAUGCCAAACCAAAUGCAGGGCCAAAUGAAUAUGAACGGCAUGCAGUAUCCAAUGACAAUGUCACCUCAAAUGACCUCCAAUGGCUCAUGGCAGGGAGGCAACAUGCCACAGCAAUCGCCGUAUUCUGGGUACGCUUCGAUGAACCAGCCAGGAAUGAUGAGUCAACAAUCGUCAAACAAGUCCUCGCCGGCGAUGAACAACUACGCCGUGCCAAAUACCGCUCCAUACCAGCAAAAUCCCAACUGGAACUCUCCGUCUUACCCCACGAAUUAUCAACAGCCCCAACCUCAAAGAAACGGUCCACCUGUCCACUGGCCCGGUUAUCCCCAGCAUCAGCAGUCCAUGCCGCCUAACAUGGGCGGAUAUCCUUAUGCUCAAUAUCCCGGCCAACACAUGAAUCCUGCAAUGCAGAAUGCUGCUGGGUCUCACGCAAUGCAGGCAGGAUAUGCCAAUGCCAGGUCACACUUCAACCCUCAGACCCGGUCAUUCAUCCCAGGUGGCGCACCUCUUGGCCGCCAUCCGAGCAAAAUUCCCCAGCACGCAAUGCAGCCAUAUUCCAACAUGCAACCCAGCGUCCAGGGCCAGUGGACCGGGUACCAUGAAGGCCUUCAAAAUCGGAACAUGGACCCUGCCGCAAACAUGAUUCCAAACCGCGUCCCUGCCUCUGGUCCCCGCGAUUCAAUUGCCAAAUGGGGAACUCCCUCUCAUCUUCCCCCCAAACCCCCACCAUCCGAAGUCCCUUCCGAGUUCGACAUGAACACCCGAAAUGUUCCCCCCUCGGCCCCUGCGCCAUCAUACGCGAAUGGAAUUCCUAGUGUUAACAACGGACCGUUGGUGGUUUCAGGAGGCACGACACUCUCCAAGCCAAACUGA